AUGGAGGACUCCGAGCGACGACCCAAGCGCUCCCGUUUCGACCAAACGGAGCCUGAGCCCAGGCGAGCAUCGAGAUUUGACCGGCGCUCUCGAUCUCCCCCCACGCGCCGCCACGAAGGGAGAGAUCGCAGUCCCCUUCCCAAGGAGGACGAUUCCGAGACAAAGAAGCCCGCGGUAGACGCCGCCGCGGCUGCUGCCGCCGCUGCUGCCAAGAUCAACGCCCAGUUGCAAGCGCGAAAGGCUCCUCAGCAUGUCGAUGUCCCCCCGAUCAAGUCUGCUAGCGGAGAGUCUGCAGCAUCAGGCGACCCUGAAAUGAAGCCUGAGAUGUACGUUGCUGAUGGCGACUACAUCCAAGACAUCGAGGUCAAUGACUUGCGAAACCGAUACCUGCUGACCAAGGGCUCUACCCAAGAAAUGGUAACCAAUCCUCAAAACACCAUUGCACUUCCUUCGCCGCUACUUUUGAUCCGAAGUGAAACUGGCGCCGACGUUACGACUCGGGGCAGCUACUAUCCCAACAAGAGCAUGGCGACGGCAACGAACCCUCCUCUAUAUCUCCACAUUACUAGUACAUCCAAGGACGGACUUGAGGCUGCCGUGGAGAAAAUCAAUGAUCUCAUCAAGCAAGAGCUCCCUCAACUAGUUGAUGAGCGGCGAUUUCGGCGUCGAGACCAGGAGCAGCAGCCCCAAGUUGAACGAGAUGAAUAUGGACGACGGAAAUGGCCCGAGGAGAAGAUUCCCAUCGACCUUGAACCCGUUCAUGGCUUCAACCUCCGUGCUCAAGUAGUCGGCCACGGCGGUGCCUAUGUGAAGCAUAUCCAGCAAGAAACCGGAUGCCGUGUUCAAAUCAAAGGCCGAGGCUCGGGCUACCUUGAAGCGUCCACUAACCAUGAAAGCGAUGAACCCAUGUUCCUUCAUGUCACCGGACCGGACCCAAAUAUGGUUACCAAGGCCAAAGAGCUCUGCGAAGACUUGAUUGCCAAUGUCAAGGAACAGUAUGAGGAAUUCAGGGCCCGGCCACCCCGCUACAAUAAUGACCGUGGCGGAUAUGGUGAUCAUCACCACCGGGGAUCCCACGACAGGUCGCAUGGUGGCUCUCACAACAACUCAUACUCCUCGUACAACAGAUAUAAUUCAGAUAGCGGCGCGACCAACAGCCCUGCUCCGGCAGCCACCGCCACUCCAAAUGCGGCCGACUAUGCCGCACAAUAUGCUCAAUAUUACAACGGCGCCGAUCCCUACGCUGCCUGGGGAGGAUAUGCUAACUAUGUCGCCUUGUAUCAACAGUACUAUGGAGGUCAGACUCAAGCACCCGGCCAGAGCUCACAUGCUGCAGGAGCCCCAGGUCAAUCCGCUUCGCCGCCGCCUCCUCCCCCUGCCGAAGCGGCUCCUCCUCCUCCCCCUCCCCCAAGCUCUGCACCACCACCUCCGCCACCAUCUGGGCCGCCUCCUCCUGGUGGAAGCUUCAGCGCUGUUCCACCCCCUCCCGGGCUUUAA